AACUGGCAGUUGUCAUUUGAGCUUUUUUCUUGCCAGUUGUCGAUUUUUGUUUUGACAAAACUUAAAGAUGGAAUCAAUCGAUAAUGAUAAUGGUUGUACGCCUUCUUCAAAAGGACCAAAGCCAAUGAUGAAUGAAACUAUGAAAGCACAUAAUCAAACUUAUAUUCAGUGCGAAACACCAGAGCCAAAUCUGCAUACUUCUUCAGUAAAGAAAGGCAGGAAUGCACGUCGCAUCUUUGUUAGCAAUUUACCUGAUUGUGUAAAUAUGUUUAAAUUUAAAUUUUUCAUCAAUAAACAAAUGCAUUUGGGUGGUCUGUCAAAAGAAAUUGGAAAUCCUGUAAUCAGUUGUUACAUAAACUGCAGAAGGAAGUUUGCUUUUCUAAUCUUCCGAUCUGUCGAGGAGGCUGAAUCUUCUUUAGACCUCGAUGGCGUAGUCUAUGAAGGUAAAAUUUUAAAAAUAUGUAGACCACGCAGUUAUCGUUUACCACCAGGCGAGAUUUCUACUACGCCAAUUGUAGCUCCAUUGGUUAUUAAUGGCCUGACAUCAACUUUAGUACCCGAUUCAGAACAUAAAAUAUUUUUUGGAGGUCUAACAGUUAAUGCAAAUAACGAAGAGGUAUGUCACCCUUAUCGUUUUGUGCACUAAACAUUUUUGAAGUAACUCUAAAGGAAAUCAUAGUAAAUAACACGGAAUUCGGUCUGGUUACCCUUAUUAAAGACAAUGUGUUAAUUUCAAUUUUACAAUGAAACGGUUUAACAUCGAUGCACAAUUGAGAUAAAACACACGGGGUAUCGUAGCUCUUGUAAAUUUACAAUUAGAAAGGCGUCGCCAUGCAAUAUAUUAAAAAAUUUGUUGCACUUUCAAAAC